CACACACACAUUGAGCCAGGUCACCGACUGAGUAGUAGGAGCUCGCUGCAAACAAACAAAUCUGAACGUUUGACUUGGAUACAAAACGUUCAAAAUUAUGUAAAUGUGCACACUGACCCCACACAUUAUAUAGAAAAACAUGCAAUGGGGAUGGAAGAGCCAAGUAGAAAAAAAGGAUCCAAAAAGCAGCCUGUCAUAAAAGGCCUCCUUCCAUCUGCCUCUGCAACAUUGCAAGAAACUGAUCUGUCUGAUUCAGCAGAACGAAGAAGAUUGCAUACAACGGUUCUUAAUCCACCAGAAUAUAGAAUAGAUGCUGCCAUCCUAAUUGAUAGCUACACUGAAUUAGAAGUAAAGUAUUUAGGGGUCAUAACAGAUGUCCCUCAUAACCUGGAUGCAAGUAAACGUGUAGGGUUAUUACAUUAUGUAGAUAAAGGCAGGAGAGAGCACAAGUUGGCAAGGAGAACAAAGGACAAGUCUUUAGAUGCAGUUGUCUCAUUAUCAGUCAGGCAAUUAAAAAUUACAAGAAGGGAUGGAGAAGAACCACUGGAAAGACUUGCGAUUCACAACAUAGCUGCAGUCAGCCAUAUCCGUGAUGAUGCUGAACACUUUGUUCUACUCAAAACAGCUUCUUCAGAAAACCAACCUGUAACUUGCAAUUUAGUUGUACUUCUCAGUCCAAACAAGGAGCAAGCUGAACAGUUGUGCAGCCUGGUUCAUCAGAUAUUUGAUAUUGUGUACACUGAACUCACCAUGAAAUAUUUUGAUUUCUCCUUGAUUGAUGUUGGGAAGCCACACUCAACAUCAGGGCGAAGCAGAGGAAGCCCUGCAGCAGUUGAUGUUCCUUCUCCAGCUAUUCCUAUUUACCCAUCACAUCCAGUUACAAAUGAACACGAUUUCAGCAAAACAGUCACUCUGCUUUUAAAGGAAUAUAUAGCAGUGCUUAGAAGUAAACUGAAUGCAGAAGAAUUGCAGCAGUUUGCAUCCAUUUUACGUGAAUAUCGCCAACAUGUUUCUAUAGAAGAAUUUUGUCAAAGACUACAUCAUCUCUAUGGGGACAAGCGAAUGUAUCUAUUUCCAGGUUUACGACCUUUCAUUCCCGAGCGAGAUAGUGAUUCCUUCGAAGAAUUCCUGGAUAAACAUGUCUUAGGUGGUGCCAACGGUGAUGGCAUUUAUAGCGGCACAGCGGGAAGGAGGAAAAUGCGUACAUUAAGUGAUGGAUCUUCAUCUACAAUUUUGGCAGAUAAUGGACCAUAUACACAAUCCAUUCCAUCAGAAAUGGAUGAAUUAGAUCGUGCUUUACAAGAUGCAUUUAAUGAUGUCACUCAGCUUGAAAACAGUAUUGACGACAGCUGAGAGUUACAACCACAAUCAAUGUUUGUCCUUUUAUCUACACUGCUUUGUGUUUUCUUGUAUAUCAUAUUUGCAUUGAGUAUAAAUUGUAAUGUCUUGAGAAAUCUAGUCAUUAGAUACUGCAUCUGUUGUCUUCCAACAAAACUCAGAAUUUUACAAAUUUAUAACAUACAAAUUGCUGUGCUUUUAUCAUAAUAUUCCAAUCACAAUUUUUGUAUCAUUCUUAUUUCAAUUGUAUCGAAAUCAAUUUCUUUUAAGUUUACUAUACACAUUAAUACAUUUUAUACAGUAAUUAUUGCCAGUCACUUAUUUAUUUCAAAACAAAUAUUUUUUUAAUUCAAAUCAAAUCAAGAUAGGCAAAUAGAAAUAGUAAGUUGCAAUGCAGCGUGGGAUUGAUUGCAAUACUUGACCUAAACAAAGUGGUCCAAGAAGUCUUUCACAAUUAUUUGGAGGAGGGAUGCUUAGCUUAUGACAUCCAGUAUGUGUACGGUCAUGUUGUUUGUAGUAAGGAUAAUUGGCAAAGUCCAAAAAUAGUCUAUACUUCGCAUUGUAGAUGUGCUCAGAGACACUAAUUUAAAUUGAGGGCGUGUGUAUGUAUGAAUGUAUGUACUGUACAUAUUGUGCACAUAAAUAGAUGUGUGGGUGUGUGUAUGUGUGGACAUGUGUGAACAAAAAUUCAAAGGACGUUUAUCGAAGUACAGUGUUCCUGGUUAUUAAGUUGUAUGCUUUUUCAAAUUGGUGUAAAUUUCAGUUUGUAUGAGCAUAGAUCAAUGAAAUAAUAGACUAGUGGAACUAAAUAGAAGCAUUUCUUUUGAAAUGCAUGUUUUGGUAUACAUUUCAUGGUUGAUGGUUGCCAUGAAAAAUAUUUUUACUAUCAUAUAUUGUAUAUUUUAUCAGUAAAGCUCUAAAUAUUAUUGGUGGGUAUAUUUGGAAGUCACAUGCAUGUUGACUAUUAAUAAUAUGUGAGAUGGUUUGAAGAGCAAACUGAAUUAAAAUUGUAAAUAAAAUCACAUGUUAACUACA